AUGAGCUACAUCAGUGCCCACGAGCUGCUGGAGCAGCGAGGAGCACCCCUCGAGGAAGCUCAGCUCUGGGCCAUCUUGGGACAAGCCCUUGUGGCCCUGCAAGAUUUGGACGAGCGUGAUCGCUUGCGUUUGCACAUCAACCUCUCUACUUUAUGCCUGAGUGACACUGGCGAAGUUCGCUUCUCAGAGUCAAAGCAACAUGCCGGUGCAGCCAGCUUUGAGGCCCCCGAGCGCGGGUCUCUGGCUCCCACGGCUAGCUCCCGCGCCGUCAUUCACACGCACACCUAUUCGCUUGGCGUGGUGCUCUUCUUCAUGGCCGACCAUAAUCUUCCUAUGAACGCCGAACCCUCGCCUACAUGGUUUGCCUCUGACUCACCGGUCACUACUCUGCUUCGCUUUGGACGCUUGUGCUUUGCAGAACAAAGCACGCGUUUUGUCAAGGUUCAUCUUCUUAACGGCGAGGUUCUAAUGCGCCCCGUACACGUCGACACCUUUGUUCGCGAUGUCUUUCGUCAUGUGGUCAACGAGAUAGGCCUUCACGAAACUGCUUUCUUUGGCCUUGCUCUCAUGCAUACACGCGAAGUCGAGUUUCUCGACAUGGAACGCUACGUUGUGUCUUACUUUCCCACAACACCCAAGCGUCGCGAGAGCAAAAACUUUUACUCGCUCAGCAGCUCCGAGCCUACCAUCCUGGACGUGCAAUUUCGCGUUGAAUUCUAUGUGGAAAACGUCUCGGUCCUCUCCUUGGCCGAAACGCGCCAUCUCUACUACCUUCAGCUCAAGCGCGACGUAAUUCAGGGCACCCUUGCAACCACGGACCAAGCGGCGGUUCAAUUAAGCGCUUUUGCCAUGCAAGCCGAGUAUGGUGACUAUGAUCCCACCACUCAUGUCGGUCGCUACUUCCAUGUCUACGACUUUUUUCCCGAGCAAACGGUCGUCAACAUGACCGUCGCCAUCCUGGAACGCGAGAUGCCGGGCCAACACCGGAAGCUCAAAGACAUGUCUCCCGUUCGCGCAGAAACGGAAUACCUCAAGCUUGCUCAAAAGCUGCACGACUAUGGCGUACUCUACUAUGCGGUUGCGGGUGUUCGGUACCGCCGUCGCAUGCCCCUGCUCAUUGGUAUAAACUCACGCGGCAUCAUCAUCUACGAAGACCUCAACGACCGCAAACAGAAUCCGGUCAAGUUUGCGUGGUCCAACAUUGAGAGUUUAAGCCUGCGCAAUCGCAAGCUUACCAUCAUGCUCAAGGGCGAGGGCAAACAGCGCCACACCGUCUCCGCGGACACCCAGGAGAAGGCCGCUUACCUCCAGCACCGGUGCAAAGCUUAUCACAAGUUCCACUUUAUGAUGCGUCAGCGCUAUGCCGCAGCGGUCGGCAGCAGCAGCAGCAGCAGCGGUGCUCGUCCCAUUAGCAUGCUUGAUCCCAACGUUCGCGUCGACGACUCGGUGCGUUCGGUCUCGGAGCAUCGCCGCAAGACUACUGAGCGUCCGACCCCCUUGUCCUUCGGCCCAGACCAGCACGCGCCGCGCACCCCCGUCGAACUGGACGCAAACCGUGCGGAACGCUUUGGCUUUGAUGAGCAACCUGAUGCCAACCACGACGUUGUUGCCCAGGAGCGGACCGCAACGGCCCCCGCGGCGAUGCAAGCCCGUUCUGCUGUCUAUCCAGCGCCCGCGCUCUUGCAGUUGCAACCACAGACCUCAAAACAAGCAGCGCAGACGGACGUUACCCCCCUCACAAAUGACGUCUUGCACUCGUCCUGGGACUCCCAGGACGAACCGGCCAAGGAUAAUGCCGCAGUAGUCAUGCGCCACACCCUGGCUGAGGAAGCCGCGUCUUCGCCCGCAUUCGUCGAGGACGCCGGGAGCGAGUAUGAGGACGAGAAUGAGGAGCGUGUUGACGCAGUCACGGCGCCCGCAAUGGGCACAAACGUUAGCGUCCACGAGCCAGACGUGCUGGCUGGGGACGAAGCGCAGUCCGCCAACCCCUCGCAUCUCAGGCCAACAACUGCGCCCAUAACAGAGCCAACCCGACCUCGUACGAACACACAACAAGCCAAGUCGCGCCGUGCCAUACAACGUGCCACGCGUGAUCAGGGUUAUGAGGAGUAUGACGACCUUUUGUUGGCUCCAGAUGGCCUGGCAGCACCGCGCACGAGCUUUGCGUCUGUGGCAGCACCGCGCACGAGUUUUGCUUCGGCUCUGGGGGAUCACUCCAGCCCGCCACGGCCCGAGCCCGCAGGCGUUUCACCCGAUGCAGUGAUGGCAGCAUUGCAAGCACAGCUCCCACGGCAUGGGACUCAAUCAACGCUGGUGGAUCUUCAGAGUCCCGACGGCUCCAUCUCCGGCACAGAGCAGGAGGCAUCAGCAGCGUCGAGCGUGCCGGCUAUGCCUUAUACUACCCCACAACCUCAGCGCGGGCCAGCGACUGAAGCAGGUCGCAUCGUGCAAGAUCCACUCGAGGCUGCAGCUUUGUAUGAACGGGCCAAGGCGGCUCGGGAACGUGCUUUGGCAGCCGUGCCACCCAACGAGCAGCGCCAGAGCUUGCAUGCCUUUAAUAUCCGCCUUGAGAAGCGACCCAACGAGGGACUGGGCUUGAGCAUUCGUGGUGGUGGGGUCGUCAGCGACUUGCGUCCCGACAGUGCCGCAGCCCGCGAUGGGCGUAUCAAACGCAAAGACCGCAUCCUUGCUGUCAACGGCAAGUCACUGGCUGAUUUGACCCACGCUGAGGUCAUCCAGCUCUUACGAGACACGGAAGAUGUGGUCAAUCUCACCAUUUCUCCUCGCAGCCUCCAUCGAUCUUCGCGGCGUCAAAGCACGGGUGAGCUUACCGGUCAGCCGAGUCGCCUAGACCCGGCCGUCAUGGCUCAGCAGGAAGACACGGCACCGCAAACAGCCGAUGCGGUGGUACCUGCGGCCAAGGUCGAGCUCAAACCACCCGAGGCCGGCGUGCAGCGAGUUGAAAUCGCCAAAUCGACCAAGACAGGGCUCGGUUUUAGUAUCACCACAAAGAAGAAGGAUCCGAAAAGCCGAAUUUUGGUGGGCAAGGUGCACGCCGGAACCAAGGCGGAUGCAGCUGGUUUGGCCGUGGGCGAUCACAUCGUGGCCGUAGAUGGUCGUUCGCUUGAGGGCUUGACGCCAACGCAAGCGCUUCAGGUUUUGAGCAACACUCGCAGUCAGGUCACUCUGGAUAUUCGGCCACGCGCCGCCCGACAGUCCACGUCCAGUCUGCAGUCCUUUGAUUCGGACGCGAGCUCGAGCAUGCCCACCACGCCCGUGCGUCCGUCCAGCCGCCGCCCGUCAGGGGCAGCAACUAUUCCCGAGCAUGAAAGCAGAAGUGCCAGUCCCAAGCUGGCAGCCGUCAACGAGCACUCGGCUACCGAUGCUGCAGGUGAGAGGGACAACACUUCCCCAUCAGGAUCGCCAAUAGAACGACGCCGCACGCUGCCAGCACCAAGUCACGUCCAGGACACGCCCAGUCUGAGCGCUCGGGCAGCCUCUGUCUCGCAAGGCUCCGGCUCUGGGGCGCGGCGCCUGCCCAUCUUGCCCUCUGGCAAGUCACUGCUGGCUUCACCCGUCAUCACGGCUGCUCACACCACUCUGUCCCGGGGAGUUUCAGAGGAUGAGGCCGCUGUCGUGCCACUGGAUCCCUCAUUCGGGGACGUGCACUCGACGACAGGUGUGUGCCGAAUUGUUUCUCUCCACCGUGGUCGGCUCGGGUUGGGAGUGGUCGUGGCCGGAGGCGUAGAUCUUGGCUUGGGUGGCAUCUUCGUGCAAGAGGUUCGUGCUCAAACCCCGGCAGCCAAGGCAGGCUUGCAGCCAAGCGACCGCCUUCUUCAGAUUGGUGAUGUGGACUUUUCCGGGAUGACCCAUGCUGAAGCCCUCGAGGCCCUGAAACAAGCCUCCAAUCCGAUCCUGCUUCGCACUCAACGCGUUGCGCCAGCCGAGUGGACUCGUCUGAAGGCAGCAGCGGGCAAGUCGGGGGCAUUGGGGAAGACUCGCGCUACGCUGCCCCCGCGCCCCGACAGCGAUCCUACGCCUGGCCUGCCCAUGAACCUUGCCGUGCCCGCCGAGGCCGUGUAUGUCACUCUUCGCCGGUCUCGAGGCUUUGGUAUCACCAUUGGUGGCGGUGCAGACAAGACGCCGCCACAGCCAAUUCGUGUGGAAAAGAUUGUGACGGAUAGUCCGGCUUUUCACGAGGGCACCAUCCAAGUGGGCGAUGUCAUCCUGGCUGCCAACCGUACACCUUUGGAUCGCAGCUCGUACGAACACGCCCUGAACGUUUUGCGCAGUCUACCCCACGAAUCUACCUUUUGCGUUUUGCCAAAAGCUGCAGCAGACAAGGCCCGACAAGCGGCUGACCACGCAGCCUCCUCCCCCGAGUCCAGGACAGCAAAAUCAGCUGCUCUCACAUCUGGGACGCGCACUUCUACCAAAAACACUGACACCCCGUCAGCCGCGCCAGGCAAAGAUCGCCCUCGUUUGCGACCCAUGCUCUCCAAGCAGUCGGCCACCAUCGAUGAGCAAGAAGAACAGGAGCACCAAGAGGAACAGAACAAACAAAAGGUGCAAGUGCAGGAGGAGCAGGCAGUGGUUGCGCCUGUUGAGGAUGCCAAUGACCAGGACAGGGCAGAUAGCCCGGUGGAAACGCAACGCCUGCCAGAGGCUGGUGGCGCAGCUGAGCCGCACCACGAUGUGCCCCGUGUGGAGCCAAUGCUUAAAGUUGAAGCCGAGCCCGUGUUCGCGGCUGUGCCGCGCGGUACAACAAUGACUGCACCAGAGCAGGGUUUGGACUCCGAUGACGCAGAGAUGGAUAUGGACUUGCCCAGCCUGCCAAGUCAAGCACCGCCCACAGAUGGUCACAUUGCAGCAAAAACUGAUACUCGUCCCGUAGUCCACCUACCGCCCCCUCCGUCCUCCAGUGCAGAUGACACAACAGCCACGGAGGCCACGUUUGAUGCAUCAGCUGCUCCAGACAGGAUGGCAGCGUCCGCUGCUGCGUUGCCCGAAGCCGCGCCUCAGCCAAAUGCAACACUUCAGCCUGCAGCAGCAGAUACGUCCAUGGGCGAGGAUGGUCCGCCGACGGAAAGCCUGCCCGUUCCUCCCACCGAGCCCGUCCCCGAGCCCGUCCCCGAGCCCGUCCCGGGAUCCGUGUCUGAGCUCGAGCCAGUAAAUCGAGAGGCACUAUAUGAGGAAAUUUCCGGCAACAUCUUUGAGACAACGUUGCGCAGUGGAGUCACGUUCGGCUUCUCCAUCGCUGGUGGCGGGGAUCGUCCCAUUUAUGUGAAAAAGGUAUCACCCAUGACGCCUGCAGCCCUGGGUGGUUUGUCACGACACGAUGUGCUGCUCGAAGUCAACGGACACGACGUCCGUUUAAUGGACCGCCCAGAUCUACUCAAGGUCAUCAAGGAGCACAAGGGUCAACUUCGCAUCCGGUUCAUUCGCCCAGAUGCUGCAUCAGCGGCGCGGCUCAAGAAAACGCGGGACAGUGACAGCAACUCGACAAAAGGCACCACAGCCCCGGCUGUGAACGGUGUCGGGCCUUCAGGUGCGUCCGGCACCCUCGAACAGGCUGACGUGGCUUUGCGCCCUGCCACUUCUAACCUCGCCAAGCCCAAGGCUCAAAUCAGCUCUCGACCCGACGUGUCGCGCGAAGAGGGCCAGUCCCCCGUUAUGAAUGAGGCAAGCGAGCACCUUCGGCAUCGCCUGAGAUUACGUUCUUCUGCCAGUGAGCUGCACGAAGGCAGCGGUGGCUCCCGAUUUGGUCCGGCUUCGCCAGCUUUGUCGGCCGAAUCCGACGGUGGCAGCAGUGAACGAUCCAUGCCCAUGGGACCAGCGCCAACGCCAGGCCAAGAGGUUGUGAAAGGCGCGAUGCCCAGCGUGGCCCCUGCUGCACCGCUCGCGGUGGACAAGGACGACGAGUUUGACGUCGUAUUGGACAAGACCCAGGACGGCGGACUGGGCUUGCGCUUUCAAGCACAACGCGAUGACACAACCGGUUCUCAGGUGGUCUCAAUCAAAGAGGUCUGCGCUGGUGGGGCCGCUGAACGUGCCGGAACGUUGCGCGCAGGCGAUAUUUUGGUCAGCGUUAAUGGUCAAGCGUUGGCGGGUAAAAAGCCUCGCGAGAUUAUCGACGCGUUGUCUUCUGCUAGCGGCCUGGUGCGUAUGCGUCUUGUUCGCCGGGUACUGAUGGAUCUCAAUGGCAGCCUGCGCCCCGACACCCCCCCUCGCCGGAAUGGUGCGGGCAUAAAGCUCCCAUCCAGUGCAGCACCUCCCGUGGAUAAGGCACCAAGUCCCAGUGCGGCCGGCGCCGAUGAGGCAACGGAUCAGGAGGACGAGGUGGAAGACGGAGUUGACGAAGCAUACGAGGCACGGCGACAGCGACUUCUCGCCUCUGUCGACUACUCUAGUGCUCAGGCCCGCAAGUGGGAGUUGCUGAAAAUUGCUCUGCUGGACGCCAUGCAGCAGCAACAGCCAGCCGACGAGUACACGGAGCUGAACAACAUGCGACCGCAGUUGACCACUCGUGUGGGUCAGUCACACAUGGCAGCCAACCGAUACCGUGACAUUCUUCCUUGCGAUGAGACUCGCGUCAAGCUGGGGGCUGAGGGUUACAUCAACGCCAACCUGGUGCAGCUACCGGUCGCGCCCGGAGAAAAUCGUCAUCAAGCCAUUUUGUGCCAAGGCCCGCUGCCUGAGACUUGCGCAGACAUGUGGCAGAUGGUGUGGGAGCAGGAUACUCGCGUCAUUGUCAUGGUGACUUCGGAAAAAGAAAAGGGCCAUAUCAAAUGCCAUCGCUACUGGCCCGUGCGCAAGCGCAAGAAAGUGACUGCGCGCAACUUUACGAUCGAGAACUUGGGUGUGGUGAAGAAAAGCGGCUUCAAUGUGUCGACCCUUCAAGUGCACGACAGUGCUUCGGGGGCAUCGCGAGAGGUGAUGCACUUUCAAUUUAUUGACUGGCCAGAUCACGGCGUGCCCAGUUCCGCUGCUCAGAUGGUGCAAAUGUUGCGCGAGGUGGCUUUGUUCCAGACGAGCGACGCGGGGCCCAUGGCCGUUCACUGUAGUGCGGGCAUUGGCCGCUCUGGCGUGUUUGUUACAUUGUACACCGUCCUGCUGGCUCUGACCCUCCCACUCCGUGCAUUGGACGUGGUAGCGCGCGAGCACUUUGAGUACACGAGCAUUCCCGUGAAAGAAAUUGUGCAAAAGUUGCGUGAGCAGCGCCAUCCCUCUGUGGUGCAAACCUCGGAACAAUACUUGUUUGUGUAUAAGGCCUACGUGACGCUGCUGGGCAUGCUAUUGGACGGACCAGUUUAG